AUGAAGUUCAUCUGUGCCUUGCUCCUUUUGGCCACCGUGGCAUGCUUCCUGGUCCGCCAGUCCAGUGCGGCCAGUUCCACAACCACGACAGAGGCAGCCACCACCACAACCACCACUACCACCACAGCAGCCUCGGCCUCGUCCUCGGACACCACCACCGCCACAGACGCCACCACCACAACCACGGCUUCAUCCGCCAAAAAGACGCUCACAAGGCCAAAUCUCGGUGUCACAGAAACCGUUUCCAACCCGAUUUAA